AUGGCUUCUUCGUGUUUGGUAUUGCUCAUGUUAACUGCUCUAGUAGCCUCAAGCUCCGCCUCCACGGAAUGGUCGACGUGCAACCGCAUGGUCGACGGUCCAUUCCUGGCCAAGCUUGCCAGAGGCGCUUGCAUCGCUUCUUGUAUUGUUCAGGUAUGUGUGUUCGUAUUUUAAAGAUGUGAUAGGUGCUGGAAAGAGGAAGACAAUGCGAUUCGAACCAUGGUUUCACAUCGAGGAGCACGUUGAAGAAUUAGAAAAAUCUCGAAAACUCAAGCCAUGCUUCGAAUCGAGUCAGUACUAGAUGAUUUAGCGCGCAAGUCGUUUUUUGUCCGGCGCGUUUCAGAGAACCAACUGGAACUUUUUGGUUGCAAAUAAAAUGACACUAACGAAGUAGUGAGCGUAGCGGUCAAAAUUAGUAUGUUUUAAGCUUCUUUGAAGAAAUUUGCUAUCUGACGCCCUAGAGCGCAAACCGUUACAGGUCGGCUGCUUUGAAAAACUUCGUUUCAAUGUAUUGCUCAUCUUAGCUCAGAACUGUUCAGAAUUGCGGCUCGGGCGACUGCGAAAAUCGAGGCGGACGUCCGACCUGCGUCUGCAACAGAUGUGGCAACGGCGGUCAGGAAAUUCCCGGUGGAAAAUGAAAUUCUUCCUUUUUUUCGAUUUUGAAUAAACUUUUAAAAAACUUUGAAAUUUCUUUCUUGUUUAAUGCUGCAGCCAUAGGAGGCGGAAGAAAACUCAGAGCGUAAGUCGUUCUGAGUCGGCUGCACGUUUUGAAGCCGUUGAAACUUUGAAACCGUACGAGUUGAUUUUGUACUUAUUUUCACGAUCUCUAAAGCUUUAACACCGCAAAACAAAAUCCUGAUGCGCCCGACCAGAACCUACUUGCGAUCAAAUGUAUCCUAUACAACCUAGGGGGAGAAAAGUCGCUCAAAUUAGGGUGCCGCUGAAAUUUAACCCUUCAAAAUAUACGGAUCCUAUAAACAAAUUCGUUCUGUGACUUGGAACACGAAAGGACAAGGAAAAAACGACAGAAAAUGUGUUUUGUGUAGUUUGUAGGGACACUGGUCAAUUUUUUUCCAAAUAAGUUUUUCAAGAGAACGCACAACAAAUAAUUUAAGCCUUGGAUCCAGUUCAAAACUGCGAACAACACUGAUAAAUGACUGAUAGGCCCGAAAAUGUGAUUUGUGUAGGGAGACGUGUAGUUUAUGUAGUUUCAGAGGCACGCCUCUUGCGCAAUUUGUGUGUGUUUGAAGACCUUUAUAAGGUGAGGCUUUAUGAACUAUUUCACUAAGUUUGCCAUUUUUCGUAUCUUGGAACUAUUUUCAAUCUUUGGAUACCAAAGUUGAAUCAAUUUUUACCCAAUUUUGAUCUAAACGAGGCUCUACAAGGUAAUCUAAUUUUUGAGUCUCAAUAACCUGAUAUUUUUCCCUAAAUCUUUAACUUCGUAACUGUAUAAAAAUGACGUUUUAACCUUGAUUCUGUGAUGUCUGAUCACUGAUUUUUCGCUCUCGAAACCGAUUUCCAAGAAGUCUAUUGACUUUCUUCGUUCAAGUUCUUUUUCUAUUUGUUGGUUCGGUUCGAAUCAAUAGUGUUCGACCGGAAAAUGUUCAACUUUUCCUCCUAAUUUCUCAGAAAAGGCCUUAAACUCCGAAUCCGCUCAUGAACUUGGCAAACCUUUUCGAAAGUCUUCAGCUUUUGGAAAUUCUUUUUUAGAUACUGUAAAAACAAUUUUUCUAUCCCCACAGGACCACAGAGCUUUUGAGGGAUUCCAAGAGCGAUCAAAGAUUUUUUUCAUUCCGAUUUCUCUCACUUAUUCCACUUUAAAUGUUAGAAAUUACACAAAUCUCUUCAUGGUCCUUCAUAUACUUAAAUUUCAGGUGUUCCGAAAUGCUUCUACUCUACCUUAUCAUCCUAUUCGUAACCUUUCUAGUGGUCAGGCAAUGGAGAAUGCGACAAAACCUGCCCAAAGGUAAAUCUUUUCUAGGGAUCACUUAUUUGGGUUGAAGCCCCUAAAGCAGUCACUAUACCCGAUUCUGAGUCUUUACCUAUAAAAAGAAAGACUUUUCAGGACCCACUCCUCUACCAUUGAUCGGAAACCUACCUCAAAUAGUAUAUGCUUCGAUGAAAACCGGAGGGAUGGCAAAGGGGAUCCAAACCUUUCAGAAGGUUUGAAAAUGUGGCUUGAAGCGUUGCGGUCGUUCGAGUAACAUAAGAACGCCAGAGGGAUCCCUAUAGGGGUAACCUUAUGGGUCCUGGGUGGUUCCCUUUUAGGAAAUAGCGUUUAGUGUCGGUUCGAACGACAUAGGAACGCCAGAGGGUUCCCUAUCGGCGUAACCUCAGGGGCCCUAGAAGGUCCUUCUCUAGAAAAAAAAAGCGGUUAGUUUCGGUUCGACCAGAGUGGUCCCCGUAGGGGCGACCUCGGAACCCUCUCCUCAAAAAACCACCUUACCUCUAUAGGGAGCAUUAAAGCUUGCAGAAGAGGCCACUAUAGGGAUUUUAGAUAGUAGUCGCUACAGGGUGUAAAGUCGUUCAUAUUUAUGAACUCAGAACCAUUUCCAUGCCAAAGUUUGUUAUUUAUAGACUUUUAUAGGGGUUAUUUCCUAGAACUUCAAUCUUAUAGAGCACUUCUUUGUCCCCAUAGAGGCUGUUUACCCCCUAGCCCCUGUGGGGAAAAUUCUGGGUUCCUAAGAACUUUUCGCCUUGACCGUUUCGCAGCCGCGACGCGUCUCAAGCCAUUCCCCUUUAAUUAAUUUUUUUUUCAGACAUACGGAAAAGUGUUCACAUUAUGGCUAGGUCCAAUACCUUCCGUCCAUAUCGCUGAUUAUGAGUUGGCACAGGAAGUUAUGGUGAAGAAAGGAACAAAAUAUGCGGAUCGAUAUGAUGUCGAGCUUUUCAAUAUCAUGAGAGGUUAGGUUGUCAAUUGUUAAAAAUAUAAACUCAAUAUGAAAGUACAUGCGAAAUUUGAGACAUAUUGGAGUAUCUCCAUCCAAACUGUAGAUCUACACGAUUUUAAAACAUCUAUAAACAUAACAAAAAAGACUUUUCAAGAAAACCGUGGAGUCAUCGUUUCAAACGGCCAGUACUGGCAGGAGCAUCGUCGCUUCGCUCUUCAUACUCUGAGGAAUUUCGGCCUUGGCAGGAAUAUUAUGGAGCAAAAAAUCAUGGACGAGUUCCACAAGAGGUAUAGUAGAUCAACGCGUCUACAAGCUAUUGUCAAAUCGUUCAGGUUCGACGAUUUGGAAGAGAAUCGGCCCAAAACCGGCGGAAAAGUCGAGGCUCACUAUCUUUUGGACCUUCUUGUCGGUAGUAUCAUCAAUCAGUUGCUGUUUUCGGAGAGAUUUGGCAAGGUUGGCACGCGACGCGGCACUCAUACGUCACGGUUUUCAGGAUAAGGAGGAAGAGUUUUCCGAGAUCAAAAGGAUGUUAAGCUCCACCGAAAACAUUGGAGUCAUCGAAAUGGGCAUUCCGAUGUGGCUUAUGAAGACCCGAUUCCUCAAAUGGAGGUUCGUUUCAACUUUGGACUUUUGCUUUUUUAGUCUUGUGACUUUUUAUUGAGCUACUCUACUUUUUGAGUGAAAUAGUGGGCAAAAGGAAAGAUUUAGAUGACUGUCUCAGAGUUUAAUGUCAAGCUACCGUUAGGAAUAAUGUUUAUAUAUUAUGUUACGAUUUUAUAAUUCAAUGACGUCAUUCUAAAGCACUCUGUGGAUGGCUCUCUCUUUGAUUGGUUCAUCGUGCCCUAGGGGCGGAGCUUGAACUACGGCGUUACAUCCAAAAGUGGAACAGACUAUAUGUUCUCUGUGAGCUGCUUGAGAGACACAGAGUCGAGGAUGACGUCAUCUUCACAUGUCAUCAAAAUACUUAUUUUUUUAGCAUUUUGCUAAAUUAGAGGAUGUUCUUGUUGAUUAUUCCAACAUCUGCCUCCCCCUCUCUUUUAGAUGGAUAGCAUCCUUUUUGAACCUCGGAUGACGUCAUCGAUUUCACUAGUGACGUCAUUUUGAAUCUCUACUACUCUAAACCUAUUUCCUUCUUGAUUGGGGGUUCCUUUCACUCUCAGAUGUUUAUCUGCGAUUGAUAAUCCAAAAGACCUUAAUUUUGACCCUUUCAUGACGUUAUUAAGCCUAAAUGAAACUUCAUGUCCAUGUAUCUAGAAGUGGUAAGUGGCCACUUAAGAGGCUACAUCAAGGACUAAUCAAAGAAAAGCCACCUCCAUAGGAGCGCCAUCAUUUUUCUUCUUAGUGGAAAGAGUGGUCUAGAUGUACCACUUGGGCUCCUAAAGAGGCCACUGAAUUUUAGCCACUUAAGUGACCACUAGUUCGACUACUAUAGUGGUCACUGAAACGUCGAAACCUCACAGUGGUUACUAAAAAUUUCCACAAAGAUCAUGGUCCAAUUGAAACCCAUUUCUCCUCAAUAAAAACCAAAGUGUUACAAAACCUUCCUUUAAUCUUUUCAAGGUACGACAAAAUAGCCGCGCCGACACGCCGAGUAUUGGACUUUGUUGGGAAGCAUAUCGAUAAUAAGUAGGUCCAUUUAUCAAUAAGUGUCAACUUUUAAAAAAAUAGGAUCCAAGAAGUCGACAAGGGGAAUAUUGAGUUAACUGAGGAGGGCAACGAUUUCGUUGAGGCCUACCUAUGGCGAAUGAAAAAGGACCAGAAAGACGGGGUCGAGGGCUCUUUCGAGUAGGCUUUUUUUUGAAGUUCACAAAGGAUUCUGAUUUUUCAGCCUGUUCGGUUUGAAAGUGGAUCUAUUGGACUUGUGGCUGGCUGGCCAGGAGACCACCUCGACCACUUUGAUGUGGGCGGUCAUUCUGCUGCUCAACAAUCCUGAGGUGGGGCUUGUCGUGGUCGCAUUUGGAAUGGCUCUAGGCGUUGCGGUUCAAGGCUCUCUUUUAAAUGUUUGAUGGCCGUCAUGGUCCGAUUCUUGGGACUUCUCUGCGCUCUCCUGGUCUCUCGACAACCCUUUCUUUUUGACGGGCUAUUUUCUAGUUUCUCUGACCUCGAUGGUGAGGGAACAGAGAGGCUCAGAUACUCGAAAAGCCGCUGCGGAUGGACUAUAGCGCAAGUCGUUUUGGUCCGCUGCCUCUGGCGCAAAAGCUACGCACCCGAUAGCCAUUCCUCUUGCAACUCAGAGAAUUGAAAAUUUUUCUGGAAAUAGAUCUUUUUCAGGUCCAAGAACAAGUCCGAGAGGAGUUAUUAAAAAUCACAGAAAAUGGAAAUCGCGACCUUUCCUUGAAUGAUAAGCCGGUCACGCCGAUUCUCAAUGCUACAAUCGUGGUAUUCUCAUUUUGAAAUGUCAUUGAAUUAUAUAAAAAUUCAGGAGGUCCAACGACUGGCUUCAAUUCUUCCUGUCAACCUUUGGAGGAUCAACAAAGAGGUGACUUUUUUUUUGAAUAAGUCCUAUUGAAACACUUUAUCAGACCUUCACGGUCUAGAAGAGGAGAGAACGGUGAAUAGCUUAACGCGCAAGCCAAAAAGGGUCGGGACAAUUGAAACCGCUCUUCAGGCCGUUCAGAAUAGUCUCUGACUCGGCUUCGGAAGAAUGAACAGUAGAAGGGUUAGCCAUAGUUUGACGAGCGAUGGAACGCAUUGGGAAUGGCUCAUAAGCGUCGCGGUCACGUUGCGGCUCAGAAUUUUUGAACUUUUUGAAUCUACGGCGUUUCACUAGCCGUAAAGUGAAACACCGUGACAGAAUUUGGAACAAAAAAGGGGUGCUGCUCACUGAAGCGCGCUACAAGGCGCAAGUCGUUUUCGGUCCGACGCAUCCACUCAAAACUUGACCUCAGUGCUUCAAUCGAUGCCCAUGCCAUCAUAUACUAUUUCAAACAAUUUUUUAUAACCUACAUAAUUUUUAACUUUUUUUUUACAGGACACAGUCAUAGACGGUCAACCGGUCUGCGCCGGAGUCAUGUUAAACGCCGAAAUCUCUCUGAUAAUGGCCGAUGAGAACAAUUUCAAAGAGCCUGAGAAGGUACUUAAAAUGAACCGCGAAAAAAAAAAUAUUUUACAGUUCAACCCAUCCCGGUACCUGAACAACGAAGCGUCGGACAAGCAUGUGGUGCCGUUUGGGCUUGGGAAAAGGGCGUGUUUGGGCGAAGCGAUGGCCCGAGCUGAAUUGUACUUGGUGAGGAUUUAUUGGCUUUUUUCGAGUUUCAGUUCAUUCAUCACGAUUUGAACUGUCUGACUUGUCUGCGCCCUCUUUUCUCUCGUUUGUGAGGAAAAAGACGCAAUCGUAGCUCAGAAAUAGAGGGUGCAGAAAUAUACUUUUCGAAAUUCUCGAGAAUGUUCAAAAAUACUUUUUAUAGAUUCUUGGAAACAUACUUCUUCGAUAUCGCCUGAAAACAGAAGGAACUCCUCCGCCGGCCGUUUCAAAAAAUCCCCAUGGAAUCAUCAAUCAUCCCCAUAAUUGUCAAGUCAUUUUUGAGAAAAUCUGAUAGAUACCUUGCAAUUUAUGAUUUAUCAUGUAAAUAAAAAAAUAAAAAUUCUAUGACUUUAUCCGACAAAAAAAUAAAGAAAUUGGGCCGCGACGUACGCAAUCGUUUCAAUGAAAAAAUUAAUACUCUACGAAAAACUUUUUAAGUAAGUUAGUAUUGUCAACUUUGAAGUUUGAUCUCUAUGUUUUCUAGGUUUUUUUGAUCAUUCCACCAGUCUGAAUCCUACCUUCGUUGAUUAAACAAGACAGUUCCGUCGGCAAAUAAACCAUUUCUUUUUGUGGUUUCUGUACUUCAACUAGACUCUAAUGAAGAAAAGAGAACAGUUGUUUUUUUCUGAUUGGGCACGAAAGUAAGGAAUCGGACGCUUCCAAAUCAAGUUCAUUACAAUCUUCGAUUAUUCGUUUCUAUUUUGAAACUAGGAUCACGGUAUGGCGAGAAAAGUUUUUCGUGUUGUUUGAGAGUUCAGGAACUCUGGGCUUACUUUUUUCAGGAAAAAAAAGAAAGCCAUCUAUUCAAUAUAACACAAAACAAAUAAUUUAAGCCUAGAAUGUCAGUUAAAAACUGCAAACAACACUGAUAAGGGGCUGAUAGGCCCGAAAAAUGUGAUUUGGGUAGGGACGUGUAGUUUCCAUAGUUCAGAAGGCACGCCUCUUGCCGCAAUUCGUGUGUAUCCGACGACCUUUAUAAGGUUAGGCUUUAUGAACAAUUUCAUAAAGAUUUGACAUUUUUCGUAUCUUGGUACAAUUUUUAACCUUUGGACACAGAAAUGAAUCAAUUUUCACCCAUAUUUUUAUUUAAUCAAGGCUCAAUAAGGCAAUUCCUACGAUUUUCUCCUUUCUCUACUUCUAAUCUGUAUAAAAAUGACAUCGUUCCCACUAAUUCGUGUACUCUGAUCUUCGAUUUUUGCGAUAGGAUCCGAAUUUCGAACAGUCCAUUGACUUUCUUUGUUCAAGUUCUUUUCCUUUUUGUUGGUUCAGUUCAGUUUUCAGUCCUGAACUAGAGAAAUAUCCCCUUUUCUUUUUUCUCAUUGUUAUAUUAUGAAUAAUGUUUCAAAACAGAGGUUUCAUGAUAAUUUUUCCGUACUUUUUUUCACAUUGUAAUGCUGGCUCGUAGAAGGUCCAAUUUUUAACUUUUAGACUCUUCAAGAGUCUAGUGAUGAAUAGUAUUCAUAAUUGCAGGAUUCUCCAGAAUCCUGACAGAUUGAUAAGUAUUGGCAUACAUAAGCUCAUUUCACUGAAAUGGGAGUUAAUUAGGGAGAAUAUGCAAUGAAAAGUGGAGUUGCUGAACGAAAAAUUUUCUCGUUCAAAGAGAAGAGAAAGUCAGCGAAAUGGAGAGGAAAAGUUUCUUCUCAAACGUCUAACCGUGACCACAUUUUCUAGAGCGUGACGCAUCAAGGUGAAAAGGAAGUGCCACACCUUACAUCACUUGCGGAUAUGUUGUGCAACCGAAGUUGGUGAAAAAAUAUGUUUCCUACAAUCUGAUUUCGAUUUAGUUGUACCUUGGAACCUAAUAGAAUAUUUUCACUCUUCUAAAAUGAACUGUCAGGAAAGAGAUGAAAGUUGCAUCAAUGCAUUUAAAGUUGCUAUUCAACUAGGCGGAAGUCUUGGAGACAUCUUCAAGGACCAGGUUUUUUCUACUAUUUUUUUAUAAAGUAUCAUUUCAACGCUUGCAGAAAAUAACGGCAAACGUUUGCCGCAAUAUACUUAAGUGUAUUGAAUGA